UCUCUCCACCACCUCAGGCCGCCUGAGGGUCUCAUACGUUCUCCAUAAAAAAACAAAAAAAUGCAAUUCCAAUUAUUAUUAUUAGUGACAGUGAUACACUAUACCACAGCGGAACAUUACAAAACGAAACCUGAUUUCGUGAGGACAUGCCUGAAAAGUGAUCCAGAAUUUGACGAAUGCUCACGGAAUGCUGUGCAGCAUUUGUUCAGCGCUCUUGGUCCCGGGCUUCCAGAAAUUGACAUGCCGCCUUUGGAUCCACUGAAAAUCCCCAAAAUAAGGAUUUUACAAGGCGAAGGCCCCGUCAACGUUAACGCCGCGUUAGACGACGUCACAGUGACUGGAUUUGGUAAAACCGAAGUGCUUCUCAGCCAGGUCGACGGUAAAACGUAUGACUUCUACACGAAAGUCCGGGUCCCGAAAAUUCGGAUUGAAGGCACUUAUGACUUAAAAGGAAAAAUUUUGUUAAUCCCUCUGGUUGGUCGUGGUAAAUGUUGGUUUGAGCCAACUAACAUGACAAUCGACAUUGUGAGUGAUGUAAAAUUGUACGAGAAAGAAGAUUUUCUGUUCUUCAAUGUGACCGGCGCUCAUGUCAAAUAUAACAUUGGUGGUUUGAAACUCCGAAUGAACAACUUAUUCGACGGCAUCGACUCAUUAGAGGACAGCACCAACGCAUAUUUGAACGCCAACUGGCGGCCUGUAUCGGAAUCUCUACGACCGAUUCUUUCCAAAACAAUUGAAGAUAUCCUACUAAACUUCCUUCAACGGCUAUUCCAUAAUUUACCAGCCAAAUUCAUGAUUGGCGAUGUGAAAAAUACAAGUAAAAAAGUGGAUAAAAAAGUAUAAUUGUACACUAUUUUGCCAAUUUAAUUUAAUUAUUUAAUCAAGUUCAACAUGGACUAUGUCUAUGUGGCCUUUUAGAUAUAAAAUAUGUCAGUGAUUUUAGAGUAAUAUUAAUUACGUAUAAAGUUUAUGAUAGAAUAUUAUACGUAGUUGUUUAUAUCAACGUUCAACUUAAGUUUUUAAGUUAAUUUUACUAAUUGAAUUGACUAAAUUAUUUAAAAUCCAAAGCUCAAAAUCAUUUUACGAACUGUUAUGUUUAAGAAAAAAAUUUUAAGAGUUAUUUACAAAUUAGUGUAUUUUUUAAAUGUUUUUGAAGUACCUACCAUUUAAUAAAGAAUGUUUUAUAUUUAAA